AAUGUUUAUAAAAAACUUCUUUAAGAAACAAUCAAGAUUUGAGAGAAAACUAUUCGAAUCUUCAAUAUUUGAUAAUCAAGAGACUGUUGAUCUAGAAGAUGUAAAAUAAAUGUUAUAAGGUAAAUUUAAUUCUAUUAAUAUAGGAUUUCCUUGUUUAUCUGAAAUUGAUUAACUAGUUUAAAGUAUGACUAUCGUAUAGGUAUGUCGAGAAUUCUUAAGACUUAUUCCACCAACUAUAGACAAUCAUAAGAAACUAAAAGUUCUACUUACUAUGCAUGUACUUAUGGGAGAUGUCAAACAUGGUAGAUUAUUUGUAUAGUAAUUAAAUUACUUUAAUGGUUGGACACUUACUAAUACUAAUAAAGAUGAAAUCUUAAAUAAAUUUAUUGGCAUUUAAACUAUGAUAAUACAUAAAUUAUCUGGCAUAUAAGAAAUAUCUAAUAGAAGCAAACUCAAAACAAAUAUUGAAGUUUUCUUUAAAGAUAUAGAUUCAUCAGUCAUUCAAUUUUAUAAAGCUAUUAAUUGUCUAAAUUUCAUUUUAGCUUAACAUGAUGUAUAAAUUCAUACUAUUUUUAGUUAUAUUUCAAUAUAUCAAAAUUACAUAAUAGAACUGUAGUUAUGGAGAUUUACUUAUUAAUCUGGAACGAUGUAAUAGCCAUGUAUUUAAUGCUUGAAAGGUACGGUUUAUGAAUUCUCUUUUUAAGUAUUGUAGGUUCAUACGACAAUUUAUGGAGUGUUAUACAUAACUUGAUUAAAAAUAAGCAUUACAAGUUUAUGAACUUUUUAAUGAAUAUAAUAAAUUAACAGCUUCUGUGAGAUAAUUUGGAUCAAUUAGCAAUUGUUUCAAAAAUUGCAAUAUUUCUUAACCUAAGUAUUUAAAAUAUAACAUAUUAGAUGGUUUGUGCCAACUAAAAAAGAGUAAGAUGAAUUACAAUUGUAUUUUUAGAAUGUUAAAAUAUAUUUAACAAGUAGAACCAAAAGAUAAAAAAUUGAAAAAUCUGCAUCUUAAGUAUUGAGAGUAUGUCAAAGUACAGACAGAAACUAUAGAAAAUCAACAUCAUUUGUUGGCCUAAAAGGAGAUAAUUUUCUUUAAAAUACUACUUUAGGUUAUAUGAAAAAGUUAUCUACUGCUACAAAUCCUAUUGCAUUUUAAUAUACAUUUGAAAGUGAAUAAAAAACUGAAAUUUAAUAGAAAUGA